AUGUGGAAAGACGUGUUACGGAGACCGAUAACAACAGAAAAGUUGAUAAGUUUCUCUCGUGCAAAACGGACCGGGAGAUGCUUGUCUACGACGACCGAUUCAAACUUUGUGCGAAUCAUUGACGUCUCACCCAGAGAUGGGCUUCAGAACGAAAAGGCUGCAGUAGAGACAGAAACAAAAUUAGAACUGAUUGACCGACUGACGAAAGCUGGGCUCAAAGAGAUUGAGGUCACGGCAUUUGUGUCGCCAAAAUGGGUUCCUCAAAUGGGUGAUCAUAGCAUUCUCUAUCCUAAAGUACUCUCGAAAUAUGACGGCAAUGGUGUAAAGUAUUCAGUACUUGCCCCAAACGCGAAAGGAAUUGAACAAGCUAUAGAAAGCGCAUCCACUGUUGGUAAAAAAGUACAUGAAGUUGCAAUUUUUGGUGCUGCAUCUGAAGGGUUCAGUUAUAAAAACACAAACAGAUCAAUUGAUCAAGGGUUUGAGGCGUUUGAAAAAGCUAUUAAAGUUGCCAGAGAAAACGAUAUUCGUGUGCGAGGUUAUCUUUCUACAGUGAUUGCAUGUCCUUACGACGGACCAACUAGUCCUAGCUUGGUUGCCAAACUAACAGAGAGAAUGCUUGACAUAGGUUGUUAUGAAGUAUCUCUAGGGGACACAAUAGGUGUUGGUACUCCUGCUACUAUUGAGGCUAUGCUAAGCGAAGUCUUGAAAGCAGUGCCUCUGUCACAGAUUGCUAUUCAUGCUCAUGAUACUUAUGGCCAAGGUGUGGCUAAUGUAUUGAAAGCUGUUGAAAUGGGUGUUCGUUCUGUUGAUAGUUCUGUAGGUGGACUUGGUGGUUGCCCUUAUGCCAAAGGUGCAUCCGGAAACGUAUCAACCGAAGAUGUAGUAUAUGCGCUACACGGUCUGGGCUAUGAUACAGGAAUUGAUCUGAACGCUUUGAGCUUGACUGGUAGCUGGAUAUCCAACCAGCUGAAUCGCGCUAAUGCUUCCAAGGCUGGUCGCGCCAUUGUAUCUAAGUUAUAA